UAGGCCAGAAAAUGUGGUUGCCAUUAAAUAACGAUUCGGCAAAUUACCUAUAUAGAGAACCAUAUAUUUAUAAGUGCAAAAGAUUGAGGAUAAAGCAAUAUAGGAAAGUUGAUGUGAGUGAAAGCCAUGAAGGGUUAUGAACCCCGUUCAAGCUCUUCUUGUGCAGCCUGCAAGUUCUUGAAAAGAAGAUGCAUACCCAAUUGUAUAUUUGCACCUUAUUUUCGCUCCGAUGAGUGCAAGAAAUUCGCCAAGGUUCACAAAGUAUUUGGAGCCAGCAAUGUGAGCAAGAUCCUCAUUGAAGUGCCAGAGGAGCAGAGGGAAGACACGGUGAAUUCACUGGCGUAUGAAGCAGAAGCAAGACUUAAGGACCCAGUUUAUGGAUGCAUUGGUGCCAUAGCUCUGUUGCAAAGGAAGAUGGUGGAGCUUCAACAUGACCUUGCCAUUGCUAAGGAUCGUCUUGCUCGUUAUGCUGCUGCUGCUGCUGCUGCUGCUACUCCUUCCACUGAUAUCUUCAAUUCCCAUGUUAGCUUACCACCCUUCCCUGAAUUUUUCACUUGCAGUGAUUUCAAUGACAACUUAUGCCACAGUUCAUCAUCUCAAUCAUUGAGCCGACAUGAAACGGUGGAUGAUUUCAUCCAAAGCCCAUAUAUAUUUUGAUGUUGUUAUGAACCCCUAUUUCUUUUGUUGCAAUUGUUCUGAAUUGUGAUCAAUCAAAAACAGCGACUCUGUUGUAGAUGCUAAUAAAUAAGAACUCCAUGAAUGAUUUGGUCUUGGUUGAAAACUUUAAAUUUCA